AUGACGAAUAAGAAUGAGAAAUCGAAGGGACAACCGAACCAGGCCCAAAAACAACCUGCGGCUCCGACGAGAAAAGUCGUCUCCGGCUUCCAAUAUAUCAGACCGGCAGAGGCCGAACGGGAACUACCGAAAAUAAAGUGGAAUAAGAAAGCAACCGACCCAACCACCGGAAAAAGAAUUCAUGGAAAAAAGUUGUUGAAAAUCACUCUCGAACAAAUGCACGCGGAGUCAGAAGAGAAUCCCAUGGCUGGAGGGUCGAAUGAGAAUGUGAAGGGCGACGCGGACAACCAAUUCGCUGAUCUCAAUCAUCACAAUUCCACGCAGCGCAACAAGGAGACGGUGUCCGAGAAGAAUCCAAAAGAAGCGGAGAAUAAACCUAAAUAA